AUGGCUUCAUCUAAACCUCUCUUCCUCUUCCUCAUCAACAUUUUCUUUCUUCUCACACUCACUUCUGCAGAAGAUGCAUUUGUUCCCUACAACUUUGAAGUCUCCUACAUCACUGCAUCACCUCUUGGAGUACCCCAACAGGUAAUUGCUAUCAACGACCAGUUUCCAGGUCCUACUAUUAAUGUAACAACAAACAACAAUGUUGCUGUUAAUGUCCGAAACAAAUUGGAUGAGAGUCUCCUCAUUCAUUGGUCUGGGAUUCAGCAAAGGAGGAGUUCAUGGCAAGAUGGUGUUCUUGGAACAAAUUGUCCUAUUCCACCAAAAUGGAACUGGACUUACCAGUUUCAGGUGAAGGAUCAGAUUGGAAGCUUUUUCUACUUUCCUUCACUUCAUUUUCAGAGAGCAGCUGGUGGAUUUGGUGGUUUCAUCAUCAACAACCGUCCUGUUAUUUCAGUUCCUUUCGAUACCCCUCAGGGGGAUAUUGUUGUUUUUAUUGGAGAUUGGUAUACUCGUAAUCACACGGAUUUGAGAAAGGAUCUAGAUGAUGGAAAAGAUCUUGGCAUGCCGGAUGGUGUUCUCAUAAAUGGAAAAGGCCCUUAUAGAUAUAAUAAUACACUGGUUCCUGAAGGCAUUGAUUUCGAGCAACUCGAUGUUCAACCUGGAAAAACUUACCGAUUACGUGUACAUAAUGUUGGAAUAUCAACAAGUCUGAAUUUCAGGAUUCAGAACCAUAACUUACUUCUAGCAGAAACUGAGGGGUCAUAUACAGUGCAGCAAAACUACACUAGCUUAGAUAUUCAUGUUGGACAAUCUUAUUCUUUUCUGGUAACCAUGGAUCAGAACGCAAGUUCAGAUUAUUACAUCGUAGCAAGUGCGAGGUUUGUGAAUGAAUCGCGUUGGAAAAGAGUUACUGGUGUUGGUAUCUUGCAUUAUUCAAAUUCCAAGGGGAAAGCAAAAGGUCCUUUACCGUCAGGUCCAGAUGAUCAAUUCGACAAAACCUACUCAAUGAACCAAGCAAGAUCCAUCAGAUGGAAUGUAUCGGCCAGUGGUGCGCGUCCGAACCCACAAGGAUCAUUCAGAUACGGUUCCAUCAAUGUGACAGAUAUUUACGUAUUAAAAAAUAAGCCACUAGUGAAAAUUGACGGGAAGCGGCGGGCAACACUUAGUGGAAUCUCUUAUACCAACCCUGCCACUCCACUCAGGCUCGCCGAUCAAUUCAAAGUAAAGGGAGUAUACAAGCUUGAUUUCCCCACGAAGCCUCUAACCGGAUCUCCUCGGAUAGAAACAUCAGUAAUCAAUGGAAGCUUUAGAGGAUUUAUGGAAAUUAUAUUGCAGAACAAUGACACCAAGAUGCAUACCUAUCACUUGAAUGGAUAUGCCUUUUUUGUAGUAGGCAUGGACUUUGGCGAUUGGUCUGAGAAUAGCAGGGGUACAUAUAACAAGUGGGACGGAAUAGCUCGUAGCACAGCACAGGUUUAUCCUGGUGCAUGGACAGCAGUUUUGGUCUCCCUCGACAACGUUGGGAUUUGGAAUCUGAGAACGGAAAACCUCGAUUCAUGGUAUCUUGGUCAAGAAACAUACAUCAGAGUUGUCAACCCCGAGCCUACAAACAAGACCGAGUUACCAAUUCCAGACAACGCCCUUUUCUGUGGCGCCCUUGCAAAGAAGCAAAAGCAACAAAUAAUUUCUUCAGCUGCUUCAUUCAAUGGAAAUGGACUGAAGUUGUUAUUCACUUUGGUGAUGUUUGUAUGUGCCAUAAUCAACAUUUUGCAGUAG